AUGUUGACGUCGAGGUUAUUGGAACAAGUAAAUAAAAAAUGGUUUAGCGUUCAGAAGAAAACGACAAGAGGUGUACAGUCUGCCAGAGAUGUAAUAUUAAGUGGUGGAAUUAUUAUCAUUAGCGGAGUCCUUAUUGUUUGGUUAUCAGUUUUCCUCUACACUGCAUUCUACUAUGCAUACAUGCCGAGUAUGUCCUAUAUACGCCCGGUGCAUCUACAAUUCAAGUCAUGCAAUGAACAGAAAGGAAUUUGUAGCUUCCCAUCAGCAUAUGUACAGUUAACAAACAAGCAACAACUUCUUAUGGUUGGACAACCAUAUAAAGUGAAUCUGCAUUUAGAAAUGCCAGAAUCGCCAGCCAAUAAAGAACUUGGUAUGUUUAUGGUUUGUGCACAACUACACAGCAGAGAUGGUUUCCUUGUGGAGCAUGCAUGUAGAUCUGCUAUGAUGCAUUAUCGCAGUACAUUGCUACAUGCACUUACAACUUUUACAUUUUCACCUAUGAUGAUUUUUGGUACUACAGAAGAAAAGCAAAAUGUAGUUUUAGAAUUAUUUGGUAAUUUCGAAGAAGAUCAGAGCCAUCCAGUUACAGUAAUAUACAUUGAAAUACAGUCAAGACAUAUUGAAUUUUAUUCAGCAACAGUUAUGAUAAAUGCUCACUUAUCUGGUUUACGUUAUCUUAUGUUUCAUUGGCCGAUUUUGUCUGCUAUUGUUGGAAUCGGUACAAAUUUGUUUUUCAUAGCUCUUGUCUGCACUCUUUCUUACCUUCACUUUACAACUUAUGAAGAUACUGGAGACGAUAGUUUUAUUUAUGAAGAAGAAAAGAAAACAGAAGAAAAAGAUGAACAUGAAAAGAAUUCUACUACAGAUGAAGGAAAGGAACGUAAAAAUAGUCAAGAUCAACCAUCUGAUUCAUCAUCAGAAGAGAAUUUUGCAUUACCAGAUUUUCUUGAGACUGAAGGUGAAUCUCAGUCUUCACAUAUUGAACUAUUGAAGUAA